GUGUGUGUGUGACGUCAUGCGCACUCCAGCGCACUAGCGUAAUCUGUAGAGUGUGCGCAGCGCAGUCAGCAAAAGUAACGGAACCAGAAACAACUGCAAAAUCCGUGAGGACUCUGCGAACGCCAAAGAACACUUAAGAUAGAGCGAGACGCCAUGCUUCGUUCGUGUAUUUAUCUGAUUUCACGUGUCUGCCUUUAAUUUGUCGGAGCAUGCGUUUAUUCAAUGGGCGCGAACGAGAUGGCAGCUUGAGCUUGACAAAUUGCCCAAAAGCCACCAGUGUUGCCAGCUAUUUGAGUAAGCAUCGCAGAGAGUUGCCCACUUGGCGAGUCCUUUGCCAACACUGGGGACGCCAACAAAUCGUUUUGAAAUUCAUGUCAACAAAGUUGGCCGUGAUUUUUGUAGCUGUGUGACUUGCAAUCUGGCAUUGAAACGUGAAGGAGCAUUCGAGCAGACCUAAACUAACAGAAAUAAACUCACCGCACUAUUGAAAGCCAGACGAAGAAAAGCCCCAAGACCAAUUCGAAAUCAUAUUUCAAGUGAUAUUCAGCGCAAGUCCGCGGCGUAUGAGUGCAGUUCUUUGGAGUUCCAAGUUGACCUUAAAUCAAAAGAAACCGAAAAGCAAAAUGUCAGACCGUCCCUCGCGCGCAGAGGUCUUGAAGCUGAGCCUGGACGAGUACAUUCAUCUCUAUGUGCACGCCGAUCACAAGAACAAGAUCUACGGCAGACGGGGCCCCUAUCCAAGUCAGGCCCAACAGCGGCGUCGCUACGAGCACUCCCACUACUUUGCGCCCGCCUAUCAGCGCCAGCAGCAACAGCAGCAACAGCAGCAGCAGCAGCAACAGCAGCAGCGGUUGCAGCAGCAGCGCGAGGAGCAGCUGCGUGCACAGCAGCAGGAACGCCUGAAGCUGCAGCGGGAGCAGCAACUGCGCUUGCAGCAGCAGCGGGAACAGCUGAACGCGGCGGAGCAGCUGCAGGGACAGCAGCAGCAGCGCAUGAACGAGACGCUGGAGACGCUGUGCAUCAGCCAGGACUGCAUCAGCCAGCUGCGCCAGGAGCAGCAGCGUCUGCAGCAGCAGAGCCUCGAGGAGAUGCGCCUGCUGCAGCAGCGACUGCGCCAGCAGCGGCAGCAGGGCGUCGAGGAGAUGCGUCUGCUGCAGCAGCGGCAUCGCCAGCAGCGCAUGGCCCUCCAGCAGCGCAUCGAUGACGAGGAGCGCACCGAUCGCCAGCGUCGCCUCGACCAGCAUCAUAUCCUACAAUUGCGCACCCUGCAGCAGCAUCGGCGCGAGCAGAAACAGCUGCAAACCCAGCAACAGCAGCAGCGCCUCCAGCAGCUGCUCCACAAGCAGGAGCAGCGCCGCCAGGCCAUGGGCGUUAGCAACUACAAAAUGCUGUUGAAGCUGGCAUCGGAUAUGUCCACAGCGGCCACUCGAGCGCAGCCCAAGGAGGACGCCAAACCCGCCCAGGGCCUGCUGAUGCCGCCACGUUUUGUGGUCUCCGAGCUGCCCAGCUGGUAUAUACCGCCCAAGCUGGAGUACGCCGCCAGCGUGCAGGUCAAGAAGGAGGAGCCGACAAGCGACAAGAAGAUGCGCUUGUCCUCCGUCCAGGAAUCCGUCAAUCUCAGCAGCGAUCUGCUCCUGGACAGAGCCGGAGUCGGAGUCGGCGUCAGCAUCAAGAAGAAGGUCAAGUUCGAUCUGAAGGAGGAGUACGUGACCAACGGCAUCUCAACCGAGGAGGUAAUUGCCGAGAUCGAGGAUCAGAUGAAGGAGGAAAUCGAAAUGGAGGACGACAUCAACAGCGACAUGCUCUAUAUACCCACCAACUUUUCGCUAAGCGAAUGAAUUGAAUUGAAUACCCUGCACACCAGAUGCCAAAAGCGAAUCCGAGGAGAGCUUGAUGAACGAAUAAUUUGAUGCACUAGGCAAACAAAAGGCGCACAAGAAAAGCCGAAUAACGUGAUACACUGCAGAAAAAAGGAAAUAUACUACAAAAAAUGUAAACACGCGAAAUAACGAAUAUAUAAAUACACUACAAAUACCAUGCGAAUACAAAAUGCGACGAUGUGAACAGAACGAAUUUUUAAUGCACUAAACUCAAGCAAAAAAAAAAAAAAGAGAGCAAUUGUGAAUAUAACGAAUAUCUUAAUACACUGCAAAAAAGCGAA